AUGGUGCUGACAGUUGAAACAUCAGAUUAUUUGAGAGAGAGAGAGACAGAGAUGGAGGAGCAUGAUGUGGUGAUAGUAGGGGCAGGUAUAGCGGGUUUGGCAACAGCAAUAGCCUUGAAGAGAGUAGGGGUUAAAGCAUUGGUGUUGGAGAAAUCAGAAGGGCUAAGAGCCACAGGUGCAGCCAUAGGUCUUCACUCAAAUGCUUGGCUUGCCCUUGAAGCCCUCGGUGUACCUCACAAGCUCACCACCACUACUUAUCCCCCUUUGAGAAAGGGAAACGUAAAAAAUAUUGAUACUGGAGCAACUCAACAAAUCACUUUCCCCCAACCUGAUAAGCAUGGACAUGAAACUAGACCAAUACAUCGUAAAGCUUUAUUGGAAGCUCUGGCAAAAGAAUUGCCAGUGGACACCAUCCGUUUCUCUUCCAAGCUUGAGUCCAUUGCAAACCUGCAGGCAGAAGAAGGCUCAUCCUAUGCUAUCAUUCACAUGGAAAAUGGAGUUAGCAUCAAAGCAAAGGCUCUGAUAGGGUGUGAUGGGGUUCACUCUGUGGUGGCCCGUUGGUUAGGACUGACCACGCCUGUCAAUUCAGGCCGAUGGGCCGUGCGUGGGUUGGCCAUAUUUCCUGAAGGCCAUGGGCUAGACGUUGACUUCCAACAAUUUGUAACUAUUGGCAAAAAGGCUGGCUUUGCUGCCCUCAAUGAUAAAGAGGUCUACUGGUUUCUCUUAGGCAAAUCCUCAAAAGGUGAGGACAUCCCACACGACCCUGAGAUGAUAAAAAAAGAAGUUAUUAGUAACUUUGCCAAGAACUUCCCUACAUCAUACUUGAGAGUUGUCCAGCAUUCAGAUCUUUCAACAGUGACUUGGGCUCCCCUGUUGUUUAGAUUUCCAUGGGACGUAAUACUUGGAAACCUGAGCAAAGGGAAUAUCACAGUGGCUGGUGAUGCUAUGCAUCCAAUGACACCUGACCUAGGACAAGGUGGUUGCUCAGCAUUGGAAGAUGCUGUUGUUUUAGGAAGACACAUUGGGAACUUAAUCAUCAAGAACAAAAAGCUUGUGGCAGGAGAUCAAGUUGCUGAAGCCUUAGAAAGAUAUGUUAAGGAAAGGAAGUGGCGUGUUGCUAAGUUGAUCGUGGGCUCGUAUCUAGCGGGCUGGGUGCAACAAGAUGGGUCUGGAUGGUUUAUGAAGUUCUUAAGGGAUUCAAUAUUCUAUAGGCAUUUUUCUAGAUUGAUAUCUAAUGAUAAGCAGUAUGAUUGUGGGAAGUUGCCUUGUGUUUCAUGAGAAAGUAUAUAUUGUUUCUGAAA